GUGAUGCCAAACCCUCCUCGGUUGCAUUGCACGGCAUGUCUGUGUGACUAGGCGGUAUAAUCUAAAACCAAACCGGGGCAAUAAUGGAGCGCUCGAUUUGUUGACGGAGAUGCGACGGUGCAUGAAGAAAAGACAGUUGGUCUCCGCUGCUUGGUGAACUAUGAUCGGCAUUAAACGACAAGAAGAACACGGAGAAGGAAAUCUGAGUGAACAUAAUCCGUCUGGACAGCGAGGGGGGAGAUGAGGAGCAUGAUGGCUUCAAUGAGAGCAGCAUUAUUCUUUUUUCUGCACUGCUUGCUCCAGUAUGCUGUGUGUCGUGAUGUAGACCUUCCCUCUGGACCCCUGUACCGUGUAGCAGGGUUCUCCCUCUCCCUGCCCUGUUCUGUGUCAGGAUAUGAAGGCCCACGCACACAGGACUUUGAGUGGUACCUGUACAGGGAUGAUGCUGGUGGCCGGCAGAUGGGAGUGGUGUCCACCAGGGAUAAAGGCUUCCCCUACGCCCCGUUCCAGACCCGGGUGACGAACGGGGAGGUGAGGGUGGACAGGGACUCUGGGGACAAAGUCCGGCUUGUGAUCCAGAGGCUCCGGGCUGAGGACCAGGGGAAGUACGAAUGCUACACUCCCAGCACGGACAACACCUACCAGGGCAACUACAGCUCUACAGUGACUGUCAAAGUGAUCCCCGACACACUCCAAAUCAGCUACACCCGCACACUCACUAGCCUGCCCGUGCCAGAGGGGGCCGAAGUCACGCUGACAUGCUCGGCCGGCAUCCAGUCGGAGCAGCUCACGCACCUGUCCAUCAUGUUUGGGAAGCGCAGCGGCGGGGAUGGAUCAGGAGGCGAGGCCGGAGGGGAGGUCAACACCGUCAGAGAGAUUAUCUCCAUCGACAACAUGCUGGGGGUCGUACCCGGACGUUCUUACAAGAUGCGGUACGAUAAUGGAGAGAUCACGCUGGAGAAGAGGAAUGGGGAGGGCGGACUGGGCACGUACGUGAUGAAGAUGAGAGGGGUGCAGCCAGAUGACUCAGGCGCAUAUUUCUGUGAGGCUUCGCAGUGGAUUCGGGACCCUGAUCGAUCAUGGCAGAAGAUUGCACAGAGGACGCUGGAUAUCGGGAACUUGACCGUUCAGCAACUAGCGGAGUCUCUGAAAGUGACAUCCUCGCCCAAAGGAGACGUGACACUGCAAAUCGGUUCCCCUCUCAUCCUGACCUGUGAGGUGUUGGGGCUGCCGUCUGAUGUAAGCUCAGGCCUGCUGGUUCAGUGGAUGAAGAGGGGCUCUGUAAGCGGCGAGGAAGUUGGGGCCGGGGGAGUCGAGGUGGAGGUGGCCCGCAUGAGCACAGGCGGUGUAGUGAGCUGGGGGGACGACCUCAGCCGAUCCAGAGGCGGCUCGAUGGAGAAAGUGUCAGAGGGGAGGUACUCUCUCAAGCUGUUCUCAGCCCGCCCCUCUGACUCUGGAGUGUAUCGGUGUGUGGUGAGUGUGUACGCUGGAAGGAGAGACCCUGGUCCCUCUACUCCAGCCACACUCACCCUGAGGUCUGAGGGAGUCACCGUCAACCUGAAGACCAAAGAUGUGUUAGUUUCUGCUGUGGCUCAGCUCCCUCGAGGCCCGCUGUUAAAAAGAGGCAGCACCAUCACUCUGAUCUGUAACGCCACCGUGAAGACCACAGGUCCCGCCCAGGCACAGGUGCAGUGGCUGCGAUGGCCAAUCCCUGAACCACUUAUCAAGAGGCAACGGAGCCCAGCAGUUUCUCCCCCAGACCCCCCUGUUGAUGAAACACCCAGACUGGUAGCUGCUCUCAUGUAUGACGGUGUUGUAAAGAUCUACACCAACAGUAGCGAGGUUAGCGUCGACCGUCUGUCAGCUGUCAGCUACAGACUGAGGGUCCACACGGCCACCAUGGAGGAUCAGGGCAUGUACGCGUGUCAUGCUGAGGCGUGGGGUCAGGACCCACAUGGAGGCUGGUACAACACUGGGGUCAGAGCAGAGUCAAAUGCAGUGACGGUUUACCUGUACGCCCGAGCUGCUGACCUCCUCCUCAUCCCUUUGGUUAUUGGAGUGUCCUCCGCCUUGUUCGUGGGCAUCGUCAUCAUCGCAACUGUAACCUGUUGCUUCAUGAAGCGCCUGGCGAGACGGCGUGCUCAAAAAUAAGGGCAAACGUUAGGUUGGAUCAGUCAGAGGGACAAACUCUCAAGUGCGGUUAGGGUUGAGGUCAAAGGUUAAGGUUAGGGUUACGCACACAAUGAAGAAACACAACAUGUACACAUCUUGCAAGAGGUUCACAAAUCGUCUCUCUGGCUUAUCCAAUCUAGCAUGAGCCCAAAAAUAAGUGUUCACUAUUACUGCCUGAAAUGUCCACAGAGGCAGAAAGAGGAAAUGCACUAAACACAAUGGCUGAAAAGGUCAAGAAAUUACUUCAAAACAAAAUGAAGAGAAAAAUAAUGUCACCUUGUCAGCUGGUUUUCUGUGUUCAGACCUACUUGUUUAACAGUCAAUGCCAAAAGAUUCUGUUUUAUAUUCUCCUAUAUUUUUAUAUCCAAAUCUUCUCUGAAAACAACAUAUUUUAGUGCCCUAAAUUUCUGAAGCCAACACAUAGUGACUCCUCUCCACUUAAGUGGGCAAGGACAUCGCUCCAGUGUCUGGGAGUCCCCUCCCACACCAACCCUCUUUUUAAUCAUCCCUUUGUUACAGCUUAUCACUCUGUUUCAACUGGAAAUUGGUCAAAUUAGAGGAGGAAGACACACAAUUUCAUCUUGAAUGGAAGUGUUUUACGACAAGGUCAAAAGUAAAAAAGUUGCUGCAAGUUCACAGAGAUACUCCAAAGUGAAAAAAUAUUGUUUCAUUACGGUACUGCUACAGUGAAAUGGUACUAAACACCAUUCAGCUUCAGUUUGUAUGUUACCGGUACUGCAGAUCAUCCUAACUAAGAAAACUAAUUUUUUUCACAAACUGUUGAUACUGUUCCAGAUGUUCCUUCUCCAAAUGGCAUGUUUUGUUUUUAUGGUCACAAUUAAAUGUACAUGCAUGGUUAAGCCGCUAGCACUGCCACUGAUGGUCACAUGAAUGCUGAUGGGCGCAUUUCAGCCUCCAGAAACUUAAUACGAGCAGGGAUCUUCCAGAGCCUGCCGUCCAGCACUCCUCUGCAUAUAAACAAAGCAUCUGUCUGUUGCUUAAUAAGGAAGGCGCUGGCUGAGGACAUUCUGAUGCCAAGACCAAUUGAGUACCGAUUCUAAACACAAGCAUUCCUUGCCUGUGACGCUUCACGCUGUCAUGAGUUUUCUAUACAGACUUAUGUAGAUGGACAAAGAGAAAUGGAGGAAAUAUUCAUUAUGCACUGAGCUAAAAUAUGUAAAUAUUCUAUGGAGCUAAGCUGUUUUAUUUUUCUUAAUGCAAGUAAGACUUUGCUCUAAUGAUGUGUUUGUCUUUAGCGAGGCACCUGUGUUUAACAUUCUGCAGCCGUCUGUUCUUUUUAAAGCACUUGGACAAAAUGGGACUGGGACCAAAGCCCCUCAGUAUGCUUCUUUUACUUGAUUUUCUUCCAGCUGAAAAGGUGACUUUGCUGUACUUGAGGGACAUUUGAGUUUUGUGUUUUUUUUUAAAAUGUUUCCUUUGCUCUUGUCAAGUGACUGAGAUAGAAAAUCAGUACUGUGAAAAAUAAUUCCCUGUUUGUUACACUGAAUAACAGAAAAAAAGUUGUUCCACGCUGUUGAAGAUAUUUGUCCCUAAGGUGAAGAUUUCCUAAGCUGUGCAGUCAUAUGACUAAAUUGUUUAGUGAGGUCUCACUGUCGUCGUCAUCGUAGUUGUCAUGUGGUUAAAAGCCACGCAUUCAUGCUGCCAAGACGGCUGCUAGCCCGCAGAAAUCUGUCGGACAGAUUUGCUGUGGCUGUGCACAUAAAUGGGUGAAAUCCAUCCUCCUGGAAAAGUUAAGAUACAUGUUCAUGGAAAGGAGGAGGAAAGUAAAAAUGUGUUCCUAUCCAGCUAGUUGCAGGUCAUCUUUCCAGCUUUUCUUAAUUUGUUUGCACUGAACCAUACUUCAGUCUCAGUCCCUGUUGUUAAGUGUCAGUCUGUCUCUUUCUCCUGGUUGAUUUUCAACACGAGAGUCCUCCUAAAUCUGUCUGUCCAUUAUAAACCCUGAUUAUAAAUGUUGUUCAUGAACAUUAGGGCAUAAAAUCACAGCUCUGCUUGCUUCCUGAGCCACUUUGUUCCAGAUCAACUCCUCAAAGCUGAUUUGUUCCCCCAAGUACCCACCCACCACACGAUAACACACACAAAUCACACAGAUGCACGCACAGCGCUGCCUGGCAUUUCAGAUGGAAGUAAGUGAGUAUCUGUGUGUUCAUCUCUAAUCCCAGUUUAUGGCUGCACUGUGUGUUCUGCUGCUGCCCUUCCCCCUCCCUCAGUGGGCAACAGAGUCGGCGUGGUUCGCUUUCUAUUCAUUUCAAUCUCUCUUCCCUGAGAAUUAACAGCCAGCUGUAAAAAUUGUAGCACGUAACCUGUAAAGUUGGAAAACUGCUGUUUAAGUUGUGCUCUCAUGUAUUAAACCCUUUUAUGAAGGUGUUAUGUUUUUGUUUGGAUUGUUUACUCAUGCUUUAAUACCACUGUUCCUGAAUGCAUCUUGCUGCCAUUGAAAUAUACAAAGGCGGGUUAUUACUCAGUUUGUUUCUUAUGGUGCUUUU